GGCAUCACGCGGUUCGCAGAAGAAUGGCAAAUCGACACGCGAAUCGUAGCAGCGCCCAAGGCGGAAUGGAGAAUGUUUGGGCAAAGCAGCCCGACACGAGCCCUCUGAAGAUGGAAGCAGACACAAGGUUCCCUCUCACAGCAUCCUGUACAACCCGCCUGGUGAAGCAGAUGUGUUUGCUCAGCAUUCGUAUGAAAUGGCCUGCUCUUCCGGAGUCACACUCCGUCUCGCAAGCAACAUCUUCACCUACACAUUACUCUGCCUACCGUCGUCCAUCGUCUCCAAACCCGUGCUUAUCUACAAGCUGUUACUUGUGGCGGCCCCAUUGCAUUGCGACAUGUGUACCCAAUUGCUAGAAGUCUACACAUGCGGAGACAUGGUAUGGAACCCUACAGAUAGCACCUGGACCCGGUGUGGCCGCAAGAUCUGGGUGACGUGUCGCAUGCCGAACGGCCAGGUCGGCGACGGCGAACCACAUCCCGAUCCAAGAAACGGAGGCGAGAACCUCUGUGAGGAGGCCGUUAGACUCGGCGUGGGCUUUGGAAAAUGCUCGCGCGGGAUUGAGCACUACAACACUCAGGAGCAGCCGGACCCGCAUGGCCGGAGAUGCCAGGUGCAUCAGGAUGGAUUUUUGGCUCAAAUGAUGCAUGCCGGCGAAGUGAAUCUUGAAAACACACGUCUGGCAGUGCGACGACGGAGGAGUCUUCGUAGGUGCCGUUAGCUCGGGGCCGGUUGUGGAGGCCGAAUAGCAUUGUUAAGCGUUCACGUACGGAGAGGCUGGGUUCAGUUGGAGAAGUCUAUCAGUUGCAGGCGGGCCACCUGUGGAGAGAAAGGAAGAGACGAUCAUCGCCAUUUCAGUGAAGAGAAUCAACAUAAAUAGAAGGAAGCAUCCGAAAAAACACAAUAUUAUUCGCUUCAAGGCC